UGUGUGGUUGUUGUGUUUUUCUGAAUCUCUGCAGACGAGACACACCGGCUGCUGAUGGUCCAGACAGAAGAGUCUGAGUUUCUCAGAGUGCAGACUGCAGAGAGGCUCUGAAGCUCUCUGAUCUCUCUCCCGUAUGAAGGACUCACACAGGUUCUUUAACACCAAACUAACAGGUGGAUCAGUUCUUGAUGAUCUUCUGUUACAAACUGGACACUCACGUGUUUGUUUCUCUGUCCAACAGUUCUUCAGACAGUCUCUGCAGAAGCUGUGGCUACACGACAGGACAACAGGAUCCUUGAAGAUGUCCUGGCACACAGGACAGGAGAGAUCAUGCUCUAGCACAGAAGUAAUUGUGUUUCUGUAAACAAGCAGCCAGAGAAAAUACACUGGGAGACAAUCUGCUGUAGUUUCUCUCCCUCUCUCUUAAAGUUUAAUCUUCUAAUCGUUUUUCCUCAAACUUGCAUUCAACCAGCAUCAACUCGACAUCUUAAUAUUCCAGUAUUUCAGUCUUGUAGCUGUGCUCGUUCAGUAGAAGUGGUUAUAACCCUAACGGAAACUAAAUAACGGAAAUACCGAAAAUAAGCUUUAUUUGCAUUACCUAAGAGGGCGGGCUCUAGCCCUAAUCAACUCACGUCUGAUUGGCUGGCUGAGGACUUCCUGUCUGCACUCAAGGACAACUUCCGGUUAUGGCCGCUCCGCUUCAUAAGGAGAUCUUGGUUCUUGGUUUCUAAGAAGGAGUUUUCAAGGGUCCUAAGAGACUCCUUCCAGAGGGUGAAGGAUCGGAGACUGGUGGUGGCUGGGUUCAGGAGGUGUGGCCUCUACCCUCUGGACCCAAUGGCCAUCAACUGGUCACGGGUCAUGCCGUCCGGGCCGCGGCGUGGGGCCUCCGCCAACUCCAUCGGCAUCUUCCUGGGCUGCGCCUGAUGUUGCCCUCCCCUCCCAGCAUCCCCUAUCUCCAGCCCCUAUCCCCAAUCCCCAGAACCAACCCCCACCUGCCCCUCCUCCUCCCAAUCCCUACAUCACCCAUCCCCUGGUAACAUCAGGCCGGAUAACAGUAGACCUGGCCCACCUCCUGGCCGAAAUAAACUACAACCGCAACACCGGCAAGAUCAGGAGGAACAUCACCAAGGCCAGGUUACUGACAGCUCAGGAGAUGUCCGACGUCAUCGUGGAGGCGGAGGAUAGUGCUGCAAGGCGGGAGGCCCAAGCGGAGACACCGGCCCGGCAGCCACUUCCUCUACCCUGUCUGGCGGCUUUCGCCCCAGCCGCAGAAGACCAGUGUCCCUCGGGUCUACUACAGCCACCAGCUCCGGACUUUCCAUCGCCGGUCCCUCAUCCCGCUCUGCCCCCUCUUGUGCCUCCCACGGUCCCCCGCUGCCUGCCAGCAGGACCACAACAUCACCACCAAGCCUGCCUGCUGAGGAACACCGCCACCUUCCCCCGUCUCCUGAGCCUUCAACAUCGGCUGCGGGAAGUGGCCUCUAUGGGUCCCAAACUCCUUCCUCUCCCUCCCACUCCUCCCAACCUGCAGAGACCCGACCAUGAUCAUCCAGCUCCUCGUCUGCUGGACCCACGACAUCCACCGGUAGUGUACUUAACGUAAACUUUCAUCGUAUGCCAACCCAUGGGACGAGGAGCUGGAUAAUGAAGAGGAUUAUUUUAAAUGGCAUUUGUGUCCGGAUUUUAAUAUAAUUUUUGAUU